CUCUCGAGCCUUCUUCCUCUGUCACCGGACGCCCAGCUGAGCGGGCUCCCAAGACGCCGUCAAAGCGCGAAGUUCGACCGCACCAGCCCAAGAUGAGCCACUCGCAUCGGACGGGAGAGAGGAGGAACUCGAGGGUGACCUGGGAGUCUCUGAAGGAGAGGUACGAGAACUCUAGCUUCUUUGCCAUGGCGACGAGGUACUUCAACACAGCGCUGGAGGAGCAGGUCUACAUCGAGCAGUACAACUCGCUCAAGGCGGACCUGGACAAGGUCAUCAAGGACGGGAUCCUCUCCCCCGUCCGCCGCAUCUCCAUCCCCGCGCGCGAGAGCUGCAACCUGGUCGCUGUCCUGACGGCUCCCAACCGUGUAACGGAGGGGGACUCGCGGCAAGUGGGAAAGAUCAGGAGAAUGGACAAGGCGAUCAAGAUCAAGUUGAUCGAAUACGACCAGGAGCUGCUCGACCGGGCCAUGUACCACCGGGGGAGGCUGGUGACGUACACCCCCGACGUGUCGCAGGAGAUCCCAGAGCGAAUCCUUCCGAUCACUGCCAAGGUAUGUCGGUCGAUCAUGGAGGUUGCGCAAAGGCACAUCAACUUCGGGACGGUGCUGGCAAAGAACGACUACGCGAAGAAGCUGAUCAUCAAGAACCUCUCCGACGUGCCGCUCAUGUAUGAGAUAGUCAAGAACAACAACUGGGUCUCCUCUGCCUUCAUGAACUUCGAGGGGAUGGAGGGGAUGGGCGUCGUCAAGCCCCACGGCCAGCACGAGAAGGAUUUCGUCUUCACCCCAAAGAUCUCCGGAAAGUUCCACGAGGUUCUUCGCAUCAAGAACCUCCAAGACCCGGAGAAUCAAGUUGAAGUCACCGUGAAAGCCCUGGUGAGGAAGAGGAACACCUUCUCUCUCCUCCCCAACUCUCUCGACUUCGGGCGGUGCAUCAACGGAGAGCGAACUCGCAUGUGCCGCAUCGAAGUCCGCAACGAGACUUCGUCCUCCCGCACCGUCACCAUCAAGCACGGCAACCUGGUGCUGAAGAGUGCAGAUGAGACGAAGCAGGUCCCUCUACCUGACGGCGCUCUGCAAGUGCACUAUGUGCUGGAGAAAUGCACUGUAGUGCACGAGAAGGUGAACAAGGAGGAGGAGCUCGAGAGGAUGGAGAGGAAGCUCAGGAUCUACAUCCGUAAGGGGAAGCAUGGCAAGGCUGAGAAGCUCAAAGAGAAGAUAUCUGCGCUUCAAGGCAAGCCCCUUCCGGAUCCUGCGCCCGGCAGCGCGACAGAGGGCAGUAGAAACCCAUCACCGUCACCUGAGAACAGCGACGAGAGCGUGUCCGGGGCCUCAGUCUUCACCGAGAGCGACUACUCCUCCGACGACCAGAGCGACGCCGAGGACUCCGAGUGGCAGAGGAGGCAGAUGAAGAGUGAGUGCAUGGUCAUCCUACCGGGCAAAGGCCUUCAGACCAUCCUGCUCAACCUCUCCAUCGGGGAGAUCUCUCAGGCCGGAGAGCUACUCUCUUCCUUCGGCUCCCAGCGGACCAUCCGGGGCCAGCUGAUCGCCCAUGAGACCGCCAACAGGGACAGCCACAAGCAUGAGCUUGAAGUCGAAGGCUUGACGAGGAGCGGCACCCUCACAGCAGAGCAAGUCCGAGCCGCGCGGUCCUCGUUCCCUUCCUCCUCACUUUCAUCCAGCACUGCUCGCCCGAGCCACAGCCGAAUGAUCGGCUCAGCUCUUGAAGUUCGCCCGUCGUUUGUCGAGAUGAACGAGGUGUACGUGGGGGAAAUCUUCGAGGGAAGUUUCGAAAUUCACAAUCGAAGUUCUGCAGCUCUUGGAUACCUAGUCAUGAAUCCUUCCGGCAAGAAGAAAGAGCAGCACAAAGAGAAGCCAGGAGCUCUCAACGUGGAAGAGGUUGAGGGGAGGAUGAGAGCCGCUGGGUCGUCGAGAGGAGAAACUUUCAAGUUCUCAUGUCAACACGGGAAGCUCGACCCCGGAGCUUCUCAGACUAUCAGUUUCACGUGCAUCCCCGACCAGACGGGCCGGCAGACGCACACGAUCAUGGUCCGAAACAUCACUCAGACGGCAGAUAGCACCGUCAUGGUGUCGUUCUCGGGGAGGAAGAGGGGUAAAGAGUCCAGCAGCUACCUCAAGUUUCCUCAGUGUCAGGAGUGGGACAACGGGGUGCUGGGCAUGGACUUUGGGGAGUGUUACAUCGCUCCUAAGGGAACUACCCACAAGAACCGAUACCUCAAGACGGUGGAGAUGAAGAUCGUCAGUGUGCAUGAGACGGACAGCGUCCUCCUUUCUAUCCGUUCGAACCUCGCUAACCAGAUCCUCAUCUUCUCUGACAAGGACCUGUCGCUACCCGCCGAGAACAUCCACCUCCUCCCCAAGCACGAGAUCACUGUUUGGAUCUGCAUCCUCGCACCUGUGGAGGGCAAGAAAGAAAGUUCGAAGUGGGAUACGGUUGGUUUCGGUGCCACAACUCUGUGGGACGAGUACAACAAGGGAGUUUCACGUGAGCUGGUGGUUGGGAUCACUGUCGAUCUAGUGGAUCCUGAGACAAGGGAGUCGAUUGGCCGCAUCGGCAAGUCAAUUAUGAAGCUGAGCACGAAGUUCAUCGACCUGGGAACUUCGAGAAACCUCGGCAACACGAUGAAAGCUUCCUUCACAGUCAGCAACCAUAGCGAUCACCUGCCUCUCCGUUUCGCCGUUUCUCCUCCUGCUGGAGUGCAUGUCUCCUACCGCCGCUCAGAGCUUGAUGGAAGGAAGAAGCGGCUGACGAAGGAGCUGUUCAGCAAACUGGACGUGAGAGGGGACGGACUGAUCUCAGUGGCGGAGCUCGAGCAAGAGUUUUCUGAGCUGUCGAGCUUGCUGGAGAGGUGCGAAGACCUGCAGGACAAGAAGUUGGUCGACUAUCAGGACUAUGAGAGGCUGAUGAAGGAGGAGGAAGGGAAGAGUGUGGAGGUUGUGGAGAUCGUGUACAAGUGCAGUGAGUUCGGCCUCUUUCUGGAGCCGCUCAUUGUUGCAAACUUAUCUGCCAAUCAAUUCUGGUCGUCGCACGAGGAGAAGCAAGAAAUACUCAUCUUGCACUUCGCAGAAGAAGGUGUCAUCCAGUCAGACAGCCCUCCUCCUGCCUCCUUCUUCUCUGUCAUUGACUCCACCAUCUCCCUGCUGUCCGUCUGGAAGACAUACGAUGUAGACAAGACCCAGAGCAUGUUCAUCGAAAGUUUCAACGACAAGGGCAAGUGGCCCUGUCUCAACAUGCGAUGCAACUACGUCGUUCCCGGCUAUGUCGACUUGCUGUUGAACCCUCCGCUCCUGAAUGGUCAAGUUGGUUUUGGAGCUGGCUCAGCGUACAGCGAAGGCUACUCCUCUGGCACUCCUAACAAGAUCGCCAUUUUCGACUCGGGGCGAGGAAGCUACAACAGCCUUCCUGACUCUUCCCCGAGCUCGGGGGCCACGAGCCCCGUCUCCUCCUCCUCCCGUAGAGUCACCGCUGCUCUUCAAGGGCAGAAGAGGCCGGAGAGCCGGUCGGCGACCGGAUCCUUCUCCCUGUCGCAGUCGUUCAAUCAGACUGCCUCCCUGCUCACAGUGGAAAACUUGCCGCAUUCAGACACGGAGAAGGCUUUGUCUCCCUCGCUCUCCUCCUCUCCUACUCAGGCAGUAGCAGGAAGCCCGUCAGCAGUGUCUGGGUCCACAACGCCUCCUCUCAGCAGCUCACAGCAGCCCAUCCGCUCAGUGUUGCCAGGCAUGGGAGGUAUAGAGAGCACGGACUUCAUAGAGCUGUUCAAGCCCAAGGAGGCUAACCUUCAGCCCUACAUAGACGAGAUCAUCUUGGCACAGGCACAAGGAAUCCAGAUCUCAGCUAUCGUGUUAAAGAACACGACAAGUCAAGCCAUUACGCUGAGACCUCUCUCGUCUCUCAGAUUGAUCGUUCAGGCCGGCAGUGUUCCAAACAUCAUCCCCGAGCUGAAUGAGCAAGUGCGGAGCUCGCAAGCCCGCAAACUUUCUCUGGAGGCGAGCCAACUGCUGAGCCUCGAAGGGGCGGAGAGCGAGACGUCAAAUCCUGUCAGCGUCGAGAAAUGGGCGAUCAAAGCUGGAUGGGACGCUAAUCCCGUUGGACAGCCGUUCACGAUCCCGUCAAAUGACUCUGUCAUCCUCUACGUCGCUAUGAUCCCCUCGCCUGAGAAUGUCUCGCUCUCCUCCACCGAUGCUCAAGUCAGCGCCUGCUGGGUGGAGAUGCUGGAGAAGCUCAAGACAGGAGCUCGCGUUCCCUUUGAGGCUCCUCUGCUCUUCGAAUGCGACCGCAAGAGCUUAGGAUGCGCCUCCACCGGCUACAGCAGCAACCGAUCCAACUUCAUCGUGCACCGGAUCAUGCUGAGCGGCUGCUGGGGUCAGCCCCUAGCUCGACACGUUUCCCCAGCUGGAGUGUUUGUUGGAGAGCCGCAGUUGAUAGAUCUCGGCAAGAUAGGGCACGUAAACCAGUGGAAUGCUGUGCCAUUCUCCCUCAAGAUCGCUAACUCUGCCGACGUUCCUCUCUUGAUCGAGUCAAAGGCCUCGAAGUUCUCUGGGCCAGGUUUUGAUUAUCCAAAGACCAUGCAUGAGAUCGUCUUUCUCAGCUCCAGCAGCGACCGGCAGGAGGAGCUUUCCUCCUGUUACAACCAGAUCGACCCACUGGAGCAGGGGAUAGUGCAAGGCUUGUUCAAGCCCGCCAUGGUCAAUGAAGGAGGACUGUGUCAGUUCGACAUCACCGUCAGCAACGUCCACAAUCCCUUCAACAGUUUGACUUUCGUCUUGACGGCGAGAGUGAUCGCAAGCACUCUCCUUCACUUCACGGGGAGGCAGCUUAUCUCCGAAGGACAAGUCAAGGAAGGAGGGUUCCAGCUAACGAUGCCCGAACUUGUGAUUCCUUCACCGCGGGAGGCCAAGAGCAGUGAGCUCAUCACUGUGACCAACAUCAACGACGAGCCGCUCGAGCUCCAUGCCUACGUCGAGAUUGAAGAGAGCGUUCUCAACCUGCUUACUGUUGACAUUCUCUCGUCCUCGACCUCUACACACGUGGAGAGCUUUUCCUUGAACCCUGCACAGAGCAUGCAAAUUGUCGUCGUGUGCAAGUGCAAAGAAGGAUUGUUCAAGGUGCCCGAGGGACUGAAAGAUCGAGGAAAGAUCGCGCUCGCAAAGAUUUUGUUUCAGUCGCCAAGUCUACCUACUGAGCAGGUGAAACAUGAGAGGAAGAAAAGAAGGAGGGGGGAGGGAGAGCAGCCUGAGCAUGAUAAGAAGGGAGUGCUCGUGCUCGGCUCUUUGGCACAAGGAAGCACCAUCAGCGUGGACUGCGAACGUCUCUCCCUCACCUGGAAGCUCGAGACCCUCCAGGACCCCAAGAUCAGCCUCAGGGGCGAGCAGGACGAGACGUGGCAGUCGACCUCGCUCCUCCUAACCUCCCUCUCCGGGUCUGGAGUCCCUUACGAGGUCAAACCCAGGCUCAUCCAGGGGAUGGACAGCUCCAUGGUUCGCAUCGAGCCAAGUUCAGGCUUCCUCUCAGGCUACGAAUCCCUCACCAUGCGCCUUGCAGUCGCUCCCCCGCUCGACAAAAAUGGCACCAUCCGCGUGCCUCCAGGUCAACUAGAGCUGAUUAUUAAGGACACACGUUUCGAAGAUAUUCAGGAUGAUGGGAACGCCGCGGGGUUUCGCCGGAUCAUCGUGAACUUCUAUGUGGAGGGCGUUGAGAGGAGUGAACCAGUGCAGGAGUGGAGAUGA